AUGGCCGCUGUGCUCUUCUUGUCGACCACCUUCGUUCAGGCUCCAGCCCGAACUGUGGAGGGCCCUCAGCGUCAGCUACGAGUUUUGGAGACAGCUUCCAUGUCAACUGGCCUUGCUAUGGCUGGCUCCCUGCCAGCGUUUGCCACAUGGGGUGAGGGCUCUGAGUCUGGUCAGAACAUCGACCCCGACUCCACCGAGUACUACAACCGAAAGGUACUGAACGCCACGGCCAUUUGCUUGACUUUUGCUGUCUUCCUGUUCGGCCUUGUUGUCUCGCAGGCAGGCAGAGUGGUCUUCUACACUUACUUGUUUGCAGUUGUGGCAGUGCUGCAGUGGCAGAGCAUCUUAGAGUUUAGAGCGCUUGGAGCACCUGUGCCCUUGCAGCUCCUGGUGCUCUUUUGCAUCGGCUUCAGCGGUUUCUUGGUGCUGUGGCUGCUGAGUCUGACCACCGUCAAAGAGACUGGCACGGUGUUGCUCCGGAUUCUGGCAUUCGUGACAGUCUCCUUCGUGCUGAUGGUUUACACUGAUGACCUGUGGCCAGGCUAA